CGAAAGCAGAGGCGUGCCUGGCCUAACCUCUGCCCAGCCCAGUGAGCUGGGCUCUGACUGCUGCCGCUGUCGGGGAAGGAGAGUGGGGGCUGUUAGCAACGAGUUGGACUCUCGAGCAGACAGUGUGUGAGGAGGGAGCUUCAACAUGAAAUCAAGCCAAAGUAAAUUGUAUCCAGCAAGGGCUGACAAAGCCUCAAAAUCACAGUCCAGCACUGCAGGGUUUGGAUGCUUUGGUUGGAUUCUAAUAUUCCUCUCCGUCAUCUUUAUCCUUGCAACUCUACCCCUCUCAAUCUGGUUCUGUUUACAGGUUGUCAAAGAGUAUGAAAGAGCUGUGAUAUUUCGAUUGGGCCGUAUCGUUCAAGGGAGAGCGAAAGGCCCAGGUAUUUUAUGGAUUUUACCUUGUACUGAUACGGUUAGUCUAGUUGACUUGAGGACAAUGUCAUUUUCUGUCCCACCACAAGAGGUAUUAACGAAAGACUCUGUCACGAUUAUGGUGGAUGCUACUGUCUUCUACCGUAUCUUCGAUCCUGUGUUGUCAGUCAUCAGUGUGAUCAAUGUGGACAGCGUUACUCACCUGCUGGCCCAGACGACAUUGCGGAACAUUCUGGGCACCAAAAGCCUGUCAGACAUUCUCUCUGAUCGGGAACACAUGGCUCAGGAGUUGGAGCUUCUCCUGUUCGAUGCAUCGAAGGGAUGGGGGAUCAAGGUCGAGCGAGUGGAGUUUAAAGAUGUCAGACUGCCGGUGGCUUUGCAAAGAGCGAUGGCAGCCGAGGCCGAAGCUGUGAGGGAUGCCCAUGCCAAGGUGAUCGCUGCGGAAGGUGAGUUGAACGCCUCUCAUGCCCUCAAAGAGGCAGCCGUGGUGAUGUCAAUGAGUCCAAACACCUUGCAGCUCCGCUACCUCCAGACGCUAUCCGAAGUUGCUUCAGAGCGACACUCCACCAUCAUAUUCCCGGUGCCGAUCAACAUGGCGUUAGCCUUCUCCAGGAACUGAAGUUGCCUCUUGGCAGUGGGAAGGCUGAAUGCCGGGGUUGUAAUUGGGCUGCGGUGCGGGUGAUGUAAAAAGCUGACCUGAUGGGACUGUUCAAGAAACCUGCACUGUUAGAUGUUGGUCAUUUACAGGGGCUCACCAUGCACUCUGUGUGCAAAAAAGCCAGCUCUUUUCUGGCUCUUCUCCUUAGCAGAUGGCUCUUAGAUUUUGUGCUCUCUCUCCCCCACUUCUCUCUGGGUGGCCAUUCAUGUGCUGACUGGCUGCGGAACCUAAUAUAUGAUACCUUUCCACGGAAUUUUUAAAAAAUUUAAGUGAGGAAGAUGGCAAUGCCUGAUAGGUUUUAGAGGGCUACAAGAAAGUGAAUGAUCUUACAGUCCAGAGUUAUCAAGCUCUAAUGAAGUAUUUAAGCAGGAGGCUGGAAGACCAAAGCAAGCCAGGCAGCUUCAGUAGGCUGAGAAGUCAACGUUUCGAGUAUGACCC